AUGUCUACAAUCCAGGCCGCUAUGGCCCAGCUUUUACCAGCCGAACGACAAGCUUGUGAAGGUAGAGAGUUGUUAUCGCUCAACGCCGCUAUCAGCCGAACGCUUCUCACUAUAGAACCGGAUUGUCAACUAGCUUUUGAACUACACAAGAUGCAGAUAAGCAUCCGUCGUCAUAUUCUUGCCGCUCUCGUUGAAGAGGGGACAGCAGAAACAGCUCAAGGCUUGAAUCAACAUGGAACGUCUUUUGAGGAUAUCUUGCCUGAUCCCGACACCAUCAUUCCGAGCAUCGAGCAGGAACUACACUAUGACUCUCCCGGACUAUCCUCGCCUACAGUUGGUGGUACACCUGAUGAGACGCCUGAGCAAAAGAGAGGUCCAUCUGCACCAAUCAUGACUGAGUCAGGCGGCGCAAGUGACGAAUCUCCGAUGGCAAAGAAGCGACCCGCUGACAAUGAAUUCGAUUCUGUCGCUAAGCGCCCCAAAACAUGGCUUAGUGCAAUUACGAGAGGUCUUUUUCCUUGA